CUAAACCAUUUUUCGCGUAUCUGUUGUGUGUGGUUCUUACGGUUUGAGAUCUGAGGAAUUGGGUUACAAUGAUCUUUUGACUUUUUUUUUUCUUUAUUUGAGGUUCUUUUCUUCUUUCAUGGCGAUUUGUCGCUGUGGAUGAUUGAAGUCUUGAAGAUCGAUAGACAACACUUGUCUGGCGGCUUUGUUGUGGUGUGAUUCGACUCUUACAUUCGAACAGAUUUGAUUUUUCAUGGCUUUUAGUGUUCGUUUCGGGAAGUAUAAGGAGAUCGGGAUGCGAGGCAGGCCAAAUUAUAUGGAGAAGAGAAGAUCGACAAGUCCGUAAAGAUUUAGGCUGUAGUAAUUGGAGUCUGAAUACAUCGGUUGGAGUUUGCUGGAGUUCUCUUCUUACAGAGUCACCGUUGAGGAAUGGAAGACGUUGGUGCGCAAGUUGCUCCUCCUAUUUUCUUGCACCAGGCACUUCAAGUGCCUCCUAUGUUGAAGAAGCGUGAUCUGCCAUGGCAAAGCACAGUUCUUAGCCAUCAAGCACAUCAGCUCUUCAAUUCCAAUUCCCAGCAGGGGAAGAGUGAGUGGAACCCCAUGGUGAAUUCCAAUUCCCAACCGGCGAAAGGUGAUUGGAGCCCCAUGGUUUGGGACUGGGACAGUUCGAAGUUCCUUGCCAAGCCAUCGGAGGCCGAGGUUCUUCAGUUGGGUUCAUCUGUAGUGGAAUCAGGAAGGAAAAAGGAUGGGGACGAGACGUUCCAGGUUUUGAAGAAGGGCACUGUUCAUGAAGAUGGUGAGAAACUCACUUUAAAACUUGGUGACUCUACACCGAGACCCAACAAACGAGUCCGAUCUGGUUCUCCUGGUGCCGGAAGCUACCCAAUGUGUCAAGUAGAUGAUUGUAGAGGAGAUCUAUCAAAUGCAAAGGAUUAUCACAGGCGUCAUAAGGUAUGUGAGCUUCACAGCAAGACAAUCAAAGCCCUUGUGGGGAAGCAGAUGCAAAGGUUUUGCCAGCAGUGUAGCAGAUUUCACCCUCUUUCUGAAUUUGACGAGGGGAAGAGAAGCUGUAGGCGUCGGCUUGCUGGGCACAACCGGAGAAGAAGGAAAACACAACCAGACGAUGUUUCCUCACGGUUGAUAAUACCUGGAAGCAGGGAGAACGGUGGCAGUGGGAACGUAGAUGUUUUCAAUUUGUUAACCAUUUUAACUCGUCUCCAAGGUAAUAAUAUUGAUAUUGAUAAAAGUGCAAAUAGUUCACCAAUUCCCGACAAGGACAGGCUCAUCCAAAUUAUUAGCAAGAUUAAUAAUUCGUUACCUGUUGCCGCUAACUCUGCUUCUUGGUCACCAUCGGAAAGUUUUGACCUGAAUGUUUCACAACUGCCUCCGUCAGACCACUCUAACAAAAUUAAUGGCAGCACAUCUUCUCCAUCAACCACGGAUUUGCUUGCUGUACUUUCAUCUGCAUUAGCAGCAUCUUCUCCUGAUAGUCUUGGGAUUACUUCUCAAAGAAGCAGCCAUGGCAGUGAUAAUGAUAAAACUAAAUUAAACUGUGUUGACCAGCAUCCUAGUAUCACCUCCCAGAAAGAAUCAACUUCAGGGUUCCCAUUGGUUGGAGAGAGGAGUAACAGUGACUUUUGGUCUCCAAUUGAAAUUUCGGAUUGCCAGAUUUUAGAGUCCCAGCCAAGUUUGAAGUUCCAGCUUUUUAGCUCCUCUCCUGAGGGUGAUAGCCCGCCGAAAUUGGAAUCAUCUAGGAAAUAUUUCUCCUCUGAUAGCAGUAAUCCCGUGGAAGAGAGGUCACUGUCGUCAUCACCUGUUGUGCAAAAACUAUUCCCAUUGCAGACGAGGACAGAAAUUAUGAAACAUGAGAGGGCGUCAAUCAGUGUAGAAGACAAUGGUACAAUUGAGGCCAGCAGUACUCGUUGUUGGAGCUCUGCACUAGAACUCUUUAAAGGGCCAAAUGGAAGAGUUGAAAAUGGUUCAGUUCAAGUUCUGCCAUACCAAGCAGGCUAUGCAUCUUCUUCGGGGUCUGACCAGUCACCUUCUAGUUCAAAUUCUGAUGCUCAAGACCGUACUGGACGGAUCAUUUUUAAAUUAUUUGAUAAAGAUCCUAGUGAUUUUCCUGGGACACUGCGUACACAGAUAUUUAAUUGGCUUUCUCACUGCCCAGCCGAAAUGGAGAGCUACAUUAGGCCUGGUUGUGUGGUUCUUUCAGUUUAUGUAUCAAUGCCUUAUACUGCCUGGGAACAACUCCAAGAAGACCUUCUGCAGCGUGUCAAUUCACUAAUACAGGAUCCAGAUUCUGAUUUCUGGAGGAGUGGAAGGUUUCUGGUUCACAUGGACAGGCAGUUAGUAUCACAUAAAGAUGGAAAAGCCCGACUUUGCAAAUCCUGGAGAACAUGGAGCGCUCCUGAGCUAGUCUCUGUCUCUCCAUUGGCUAUCGUGGGUGGGAAAGAGACAUCUCUUGUGUUGAAAGGUCGAAAUCUGACUGUUCCAGGCACCAAAAUUCAUUGCACGUAUAGGGGAGGAUACAUAUCAAAGGAAGUUUCUGGAUUGUCCUAUGAGGGCAUAAUUUAUGACGACUCAAGUUUGGCAAGUUUUAAAUUUCCUGGAGGAACUCCUGGUGGUCUAGGCCGCUGUUUCAUAGAGGUGGAGAAUUGUUUCAAAGGGAACUGCUUUCCUGUUAUCAUUGCUGAUGACACUAUCUGUCAAGAAUUGAAAGUCCUUGAAUCUGAAUUUGAGGAAAGUACUAGAAUGGCUUGUGUUUCAGAACAUCUUCAGGAUUUUGUGCGGCCAAGAUCUAGGAAGGAUAUUUUGCACUUUUUAAACGAACUUGGAUGGGUUUUCCAAGGGAAGAGUACUCCUUUGAGGUCUGAAGGUCUGGAUUCCUCAUAUCUGCGGUUCAAAUAUCUCUUCACCUUCUCGGUCGACAGGGACUGGUGUGCUCUGGUUAAGACUCUCCUGGACAUCCUCGUGGAGAAAUACUCGGGGGAGGAGGGACUACCGAAGGAGUGCGUGGAAGCACUCUCUGAGAUUCACCUGCUAAACAGGGCAGUGAAGAGGAAGUGUAGGAACAUGGUUAAAUUGCUGGUCCAGUAUUCUUUAACCAGCAGUAAUGCCUCCAAAAAAUAUCUCUUCCCACCUAAUUUGGCUGGACCAGGUGGUAUCACACCUCUACAUUUGGCUGCAUCAAUGAAAGAUUCAGAGGAUUUGAUUGAUGCUUUGACAAACGACCCACAAGAGAUUGGAUUAAUCUGCUGGGCUUCAGUACAAGACACAAAUGGACAGUCUCCAUAUGCGUAUGCCUCGAUGAGGAACAACCAUUCGUACAACAGGAUGGUGGCUCGGAAGCUUGCUGACAGAAAACAUGGUCAAGUCACUAUAGCAGUUGGGAAUGAGCUGUCCUUAAACAAGUCAUGGAUAAUGGCCGUGCAGGCUGAGAGGCAAGGGAUCCAGUCAUUGCAAAGGCGGCAGUCUUGUACCAGGUGUGUGGCUUUGGAGACCAGAUUCAAGAAGCGAAUAGCAGGUGCACAAGGGUUGAUUCAGCGGCCCUAUGUCCAUUCAAUGCUGGCAGUUGCUGCUGUCUGUGUUUGUGUGUGCGUCUUAUUCCGAUGCCUCCCGGAUGUCGGAUCUGUUGCUCCCUUCAAGUGGGAGACCUUGCAAUAUGGGUCAAGUUAGCCUGCUGACCAAAAGAGGGAGAUAAUAAGCUUCUGAAACCUUUUACUGGAAAAGAGACCGGGCCCAGAAGAGGAAGAAAAGAUGUGGAAUUGUGGAGUGGUCAGUUCUGUUUGAGAUUCUGUUGUUUGCGUCACUAUCUCGAAUGGGUUCUUCUUGUGGGUCUAGGGUACUUUUUAGUCCCCCUCUGUGGUGGAUACAUGGAUAGAUUCCUUUUUUCUAAGAGGGGAUUGGCAUCUCUCAAUGCCCCUAUAAGAUCGAUAAGGAACCCCUGAAAGACUGAUUUGGCAUUUGCAAAUAGUGCAGAAGGCACAGAAGCAAAAUGCCA